CUACACCUAUGGCGGGGAAGCCUUUAUUUCAUUAUGAUGAAGCCCGGGGUAGAAUGGAGUCUGUGCGGUGGCUCUUGGCUGCAGCCGGAGUAGAGUAUGUAGAAGAGUUUAUACAUACUAAUGAAGACUUGGAGAAGUUAAGAAGUGAUGGAGUUCUGAUGUUCCAGCAAGUGCCCAUGGUGGAGGUUGAUGGGAUGAAGCUGGUGCAGACCAGAGCCAUUCUCAACUAUUUUUCCAGCAAACACAACCUCUAUGGGAAGGACAUGAAGGAGAGAGCCCUGAUUGAUAUGUAUUCAGAAGGGUUGGCAGAUUUGAAUGAGAUGUUUAUUGUUAACCCAUAUGAGCCACCUGGAGUCAAAGAAGCAAAUAUUGCCCUGAUGAAAGAGAAAGCGAAAAACCGUUACUUUCCUGCCUUUGAAAAGGUGUUUAAGAGCCAUGGACAAGACUACCUCGUUGGUAACAAGCUUAGCAAAGCAGAUAUUCACCUGGUUGAAAUGAUCUACCACAUGGAAGAGCUGGAUGCCAACAUUAUAGCCAACUUCCCUCUGCUGCAGGCUCUGAAAACCCGCAUCAGUGACAUGCCUACCAUAAAGAAGUUUCUGCAGCCUGGAAGCCAGAGACAGCCUCCUGUUGAUGAGAAAAUAGUACAAAAAGUAAGGAAGAUUUUCAAGUUUUAAUGAUGUGACAUUGACCAAGUACUAUACCUUCAUGUUGUCUCUGAACAU